AUUGUAUAAGUUUAUCAACAGAUAACGAUGAUUUUAAUCUAAUCAUUGUUAAUUUAGUGCUAACACCAUGAUAUUUUUCAAAAGCCAACAUAAGUUAUUUAUAUGAUGUGUCCAUCGCUCUAAAAUGACGGAUUUUUUUGUUCCCGACGAGAUAUAUAUGAAGAAACGACUUUGUCGAUAGCUUGUUUCCGACGGAUUUGUCCAUCAGGAAUCGUCUAUUUUCUUGUAGUGAAUGGUAGAUAUGCCGUAGUUAAUGUAAUGAAUUUAUGUUUCAUUGUAGUGCGUACUAGUUUAGAAAAACAUAUACUACUGUUUCAUUCACGUUGAGCUUCGGGGUUCCAUAUCGGUAUAUGGUUUUAAUGUUCAUACUGGAAAGGCAUGUGAACGAUUCAAACAAUAAAUGAAUUGUAUGGACACUCCACGGUUGUAUGGGAAAACAUCUUGAGUUUUUUUUUAAAUGAUUUUAUCUUUAUCAAGGUUGUAUGUAGGAGUGGACAAAUUGCUAGGGAAACUGUCCAAUUUGAAAUUUUGGUGUCCUAGGUUUGCGGACCAGAUCAUAUUUCUAGUCCAAUAUAUGAUACAUAUAUUUUUUUUUUAAAAUAACAAAAAAUUGAGAAGAGAACCAAUAAAUUUAGCAUUUCAUCAGAAGUCCUUAUGGUCGGUUUUUUCUCAAUCUCUUCGAACCUCUUUCCUUCUCAUCUUCAGUUUUCAUUGGUCUUACAAAAUUAGAAAAUGUUGAUGUCUAGUGUAUAUUUAAAGCAUUUCCAAUGUAAAAUUUUGUUUUUUCCUCUAAAACAGAAUAAAAGAGAAUAUGAAGUAAAAAUGUUUUAACUCAACUCUAUUUUACGCUCUAUAAUAGAAUAAUAAACAAAAAAAUAGAUUACUCCAUUUAUAGCGUAAAUUCCAUUAGAAAGUUAGGUUGAAACAUUUAAUACUUCAUACUCUGUUUUAUUCUAUUUUGGAGUAAAAAUGUAUGUAAUAGGGUUGGAGAUACCCCUUAUUAACUUCUAUUUGAAACUCACUGUGUUCCUAUUAGCUUAAUCUUAUGGAUUUUCUAGUUUUUAUUUUAUGUUCUGAGUUAAUGUUAAUAAAAGGUACCAAUUCAAGAUUAAAUAAUUUCAUAUAUUUAAAUUUUCUAUAAGAUAUUGGUUCAUGAUAGGUUAUAGAAAAGUGUUUUAGUGAGAAAAGUUAAAACAUUUAUUAUCGUGCAUUAAUUAUUUCCUAAUGUAUGUUAACUCUAUGGCCUCGAGGAAAUAAUAAAUGCUCGAUCAAAUAGAUUGUCCAUCGCGCUUAUAUAAGAUCUACAUGUAUAAUCCCUCUUCCCUCACACAAACACACAAAUAUAAAUACAAACUAAGAACAAGAUGGACAAUCUGGCGUUAUGUGAAGCAAACAACGCUCCUCUAACGCCCAUAACGUUCUUGAAGAGAGCUUCGGAAUGUUAUCCAAAUAGGACUUCCAUAAUCUAUGGAGAAACUCGUUUCACUUGGCCUCAGACCUAUGACCGUUGCUGUCGUCUAGCUGCUUCUCUCCUAUCUCUUAACAUCGCCAAGAAUGAUAUCGUAUCCGUUCUGGCCCCAAACAUACCGGCCAUAUAUGAGAUGCACUUCGCUGUUCCCAUGGCUGGAGCUGUCCUAAACCCUAUCAACACCCGCCUUGACGCAAAAUCCAUCGCCGCAAUCUUCCGCCACGCACAGCCCAAGAUAUUAUUCGUAGACCGCAACCUUGAGACCUUAGCUAGAGCCACGCUCCAUCUACUACCAGAUGAAGAGCAGCGGAACCUGCUGGUCAUUUUCAUUGACGAGCCCGAUCGCCCUAAAAGGAUUUCGUCCAAUGAUCAGUUAGACUACGAAGAGCUCAUCCGUAGGGGAGAACCUUCGUCCUCCUCGGUUGCACGUAUGUUCCGUAUUCAAAACGAGCAUGAUCCGAUCUCGUUAAACUACACAUCGGGUACCACGAGCGAACCAAAAGGUGUGGUGGUCAGCCACCGUGGAGUUUAUUUGAGCUCUCUAAGCGUGAUUAUGGGCUGGGAGAUGGGGAAGUUCCCGGUCUACCUUUGGACUCUGCCUAUGUUUCAUUGCAAUGGAUGGAAUCUCACAUGGUCAGUGGCAGCACGUGGAGGCACCAACGUCUGUAUAAGGCAUGUGUCUGCCCCGGAGAUUUAUAAGAACAUAGAAUCGCACGGCGUGACGCAUAUGUGUUGUGUUCCUACAGUCUUAAACAUUCUGCUUCAAGGAAAUUCACUUGACAUGUCACAAAGGUCAAAGCCGGUUCAGGUUUUGACCGGAGGUUCAUCGCCUCCUACUGCCCUUGUAGAGAAAGUUCAGCGGCUCGGGUUUGAAGUGCUGCAUGUUUAUGGGCUCACGGAGGCCACUGGUGCUGUUCUCUUUUGUGAGUGGCAUGACGAGUGGAACAGACUUCCAGAGAAGCAACAGAUGGAGAUGAAAGCAAGACAAGGGGUAGGCAUCUUAGCCCUAGCUGACGUUGACGUAAAGAACAAAAAAACCCAGGAGAGUGUCCCACGCGAUGGGACGACAAUGGGAGAAAUUGUCAUGAAAGGAAGCAGCAUAAUGAAAGGGUAUCUAAGGAAUCCGAAAGCUACAUCUGAAGCGUUUAAACACGGAUGGCUCCACACGGGAGACAUAGGUGUGAUCCAUCCCGAUGGUCACAUACAGAUCAAAGAUCGGUCCAAAGAUAUUAUCAUAUCGGGAGGUGAAAACAUCAACAGUAUUGAAGUUGAGAAUGUUCUUUACAAAUAUAAGAAAGUGCUCGAGGCCGCUGUUGUCGCCAUGCCUCACCCUAUGUGGGGUGAAACCCCUUGUGCGUUCGUUGUUCUAGAAAAGCGUAAGACUGGUCAAGGAGACUGUGAUGAUCAGUUCAUGACAAGAGAAGGUGAUUUGAUUAAGUAUUGCCGUGAGAAUCUGCCUCAUUUUAUGUGUCCGAAGAGGGUUGUGUUCAUGGGAGAACUACCUAAGAACGGCAACGGAAAGAUUCUUAAACAUAAGCUAAGAAACAUCGCUAAAAGUUUGGUUAUUAAUGAUGACAAUACUAUUGGCAUUAAGCACUAAAUAUCAUCUCUCAUGGAAAAUCCUUAAGAGUGAGAUGAUUAGAAAUCUGGUAUUUA